GAUCCUUCAUUUGAAUUCAAGGCGUACAAAUAGAGUUCUUGUGGUCCUCCCUGCAGUCUGUCAGAGGAGACCCGCCAUCAUGCCAGAUCCUUCCAAGUCCGCUCCGGCCCCCAAGAAGGGCUCCAAGAAGGCCGUGACCAAAGCGCAGAAGAAGGACGGCAAGAAGCGCAAGCGCGGCCGCAAGGAGAGCUACUCCAUCUACGUGUACAAGGUGCUCAAGCAGGUGCACCCCGACACGGGCAUCUCGUCCAAGGCCAUGGGCAUCAUGAACUCGUUCGUCAACGACAUCUUUGAGCGCAUCGCCAGCGAGGCCUCCCGCCUGGCGCACUACAACAAGCGCUCGACCAUCACKUCCCGCGAGGUGCAGACGGCCGUGCGGCUGCUGCUGCCCGGGGAGCUGGCCAAGCACGCUGUGUCGGAGGGCACCAAGGCCGUCACCAAGUAUACCAGCUCCAAGUGAGGCGCGUCCCUGGCGCCCCGAACCCAAAGGCUCUUUUCAGAGCCACCUCUAAGCUCAAAAAGGAGUGUGCCACCUCCUCUUGUGACCUGUGAGCCAAUCGGGUGCUGGGGGGAGGGUGCACUGCGCAAUGGAGGACAUAACUCCUAAGAUUGGACCUCUAGUUACUUACGGCACUUCCCCCCACCCCCCAUCCCCUUCCUUGCUUUCUUUUUAUGUCUGUUUUGCUUUAAAUCAAUCAAGUCAGCUUUGGCCAUAGGAAGCUGGAACGGUCCAGGCGAUGGCACCGGAGGAAAUCAGGCUGCGUGGGGAGUGUACCGAGCUCCUCUGGCCCAUCCUCUGCCACCCCACACCCCACUCCGUGUCCCCUCGUGCGUGAGACUGGAGGAUGCCUUGGGUGUUUAUACCGCCCUGGCUGGAGGGCUUGAAAACAUCAUUCUUCGCCUUCCCUCCCUCCCUCCCUAGCCUCCAUUAACCACCGCGAACGUCUGUGGGAAAGCAAACUGCAGAUGUGUUUAACAUAAUCAGCCCUUUACGUCGCGUUUCAUUUCGGAAACACCACAUCUGGUUCAUGGGCACCCGCUUCACUCAACUAGGAUAUCCCAGCAAGAUCUGUGUUCUUCCAUACACUUAUAUACAUGGGUUUUCCCCCAUAGCAAACGGUGAAAAAUCUAUUUUAUUUCAUCCCCAGAAAUGUGUGGGUAUAUAUGUGUCUGAAUAUGAAUGUAUCUUACAAACAUAUAACUGAGCCUAGCAAACAGUGAAACAUCCUUUUUAAUAAAGGAGAUUUUUUAAUAAGAAAAAUCCAAUAGGUUAUAUGCAAAGUAAGUAUGAUGUCUACUUAAUGGUAUCAAGUAAUAACCAAGGGAUGCAAGUCUAACUGGGACUGAAGUGCACUCUAAAAUGGGUGAAAUAUCGGCGAUUUCUCAACCAAGAAUACCGAGGGUCUACCCACUCUGGAGACCAGUUUCCAUGAAUUCGGAUUUGCAGCUUGGUUCCCACCAGUGGACAAUGGCCUGUCUUACUCCUCACACCACCUCCAAUGACAGCCAAGCAUUUUUGUCACUGUUUAACCUCUUAGAGUCUCCUAGAGUACAUUCACUUCCUUGUGUUUGUAGUUUCUUCUUAAAGAGACAGACAGUUCCUUGUCUUCCUCCAAAUUCUUUGCUCUAUUCCCAAAUUAGCAAAUUGGAAUUGAAAGGUCUAGCUGAGGUGGGGGAAGGGCAGACUCUUCAAU